GACGAAACAAUGCUGAAGAGACCAGCAGAGGCAGCGCGGCGCUGUGAGAUGGAUUUCCGGCGGCGUGAUGAUGAUGACGGGGUGUCGUCGUUCUCCAGCUAUAGAUGGAUGUGAAUGCGUGUGAGAGGGAGAUGCAUGUAAUGUCGUGCGUGUGUGUAUGAGUGUGUGCGCACUGGUGAUGGAGGAAAGGGAGAAUCGAGAAAACGCCCCCAGCAGAGUAGCGCAGCAGCAGCAGCAACAGCAGCAGCCAAACGGUACCGGUAGCGUGAGAGGAUGGAUCGCAGAGCCCGAGACAACGGUGAUGGUGUGGAGAAGGUGGACAAUCCGUGAGAAUGCUGACAAUGACGAUAAUAACGAUGUGUUGAUGAAUAAUAAUAAGCAGCCGUGCACCACGGGACUGAAGUACAGCAGAACAGACUGGCGGAAUGGCAGGAAGAUCAGGAGUAUCAUCACAUGGACAGCCGAGAGGGAAGAGAAGAUGUUUCACCACCAUUUACGCGCUACCGCAGACUACUCUGGCCACUACUCUCUGGCCUCUGCUGUAACAGUCCGGUACAGUCCAGUGCAGUACAGUACAGUAUCAAGGCACAAGGGACAAGACGAAGACGACGGCGACGACGGCGACGACUACGACAAACGCUGGAAACGGGGGCUCGGGAGCAUCCUUGUUUGGUCCUGGCUCUGGCUCUGGCUCUGGCUGCUCUCUGCCUGCCCUGAUGACUUACCAGGUCACCAUAUCGCACUAGCUCCAGAUUGA